GGCGCCUUCGCAUUGAGCUUUCCACUCAACUCAUCAUCUGGCUCAGUUAUCAAAAGAAAAAAAAAAGGUAUGAGAAGUGCAGUCCUGGCCAUGAAGGCCCUCGUCCUGAGCGCGCUGCUCCUCACCUUUGCGGGGGUGAUCACUCACGCCCAGCAGUGCGGCAGCCAGGCGGGUGGCAAGAAGUGCCCUAACAAUCUGUGCUGCAGCCCGUGGGGGUACUGCGGCACCGGCCCCGACUACUGCGGCAACGGCUGCCAGAGCGGCCCGUGCUCGGGCUUUGGCACGCUCAGCGCUGAGCAGUGCGGCAGGCAGGCCGGGAACAAAAACUGCCCUAACAACCUCUGCUGCAGCCAGUGGGGGUUCUGCGGCUUAGGCGGCGACUACUGCGGCAAUGGAUGCCAGAGCGGCCCGUGCUACGGUGAGCUCGGCGCCGAGCAGUGCGGCAGACAGGCUGGAGGUAAGAAGUGCCCUAACAGUCUCUGCUGCAGCCGCUUCGGAUACUGCGGCUCCGGCGGCGACUACUGCCGCAACGGCUGCCAGAGCGGGCCGUGCCACACCACCGCCGGCGCCGUGCCCAAGCUCAGCCGGGCCUUUCUGGACCAGGUGUAAAAUAUCACGUCGUGCCGACGUCUGCGUGCAGCACUCCUACUCUAUGAAAUAAAAGGUGCUGCUACUACGUAUGUGCGUACCGGAACUAGUGGAGGGCCGAGUAUGCGUCCGCAUGCAUAGGUGAAAGCCCAUAUGUAUUCUCUCUCUGUACAGUAUCUUGUAUGAAUAAAGUUGGAUAUAUGUGACUGUGUCCUUGCGUU